GUAGUGGUUCGUAAGUACAGAAGAAGACAUCAUGGCUACAAUAUGGCGAAACUUUGUGCCGAGAUGACUCAAGAAGAGUUGGGGGCAAGGGAGCAGGAAGAGUUCAAUGUUGGGCCUCUGUCCAUUCCCAACAAUUCAGUGAAAAAUAAGCUCAGGCCCUUAUCAACUGUAGAAGCAAUAAGGAACUUCUCGGAAGAGUUAAGCCUUUUGACAGACAUUGCAACAUGGUCGGAAAUGUGGACAGAACAACCAAAAACCGGCAAAGGAAAGAAGGAAAAAGCGCUGUCAAAAGAUUGCUUCACUUCGAACAUAUUCCUACGCGGAGAUUUGGUGAUUCUCCUUCUCAAAAAACCGCUCGCUCCCCCUGAGUGGUUCUUCUUUGAUAGUUGUUUGAUCUUCAUCGCUGGUUAUCUUGACGGUUCUUGGGGAUGCCGUUCGUGCUCCCAUUCUCGUUUGAUGCUUACGGUUGAGGGUCAGAUUAGGAGCAAACAUAAAGUUGUCUUUGACAAUACUCCAACUACCGCGCACUUAGCCACCGGCUCUCCUCCCAUACACAGAAAGGUUAAGAAUAUAUCUAAGACGAGUAAAAAGACAGUCAAAGAUGCUUUUGCUCAUCAAGGCAAACCUCUCAUUGAGUGCAAGAGUGAAAUUGACGAUGACUAUCCCGCAGCUACAGCUCAAUUAGCAAGUGAGUCUCAACCGUACAAAAAGGUUCGGAAAGCAAGAAAAGAAAUGCUUCGUGAUGCUUCAACGUUUACGGACAGAGGAGCAAAAGAAAUCCUUCAAGAUGCUUCAACGUUUACGGACAAACAACCUGUACGUGUUUGUUGA